AUGGACUCGUUCAAUUCCUCGUUUGAGGACAAGCAGCCAUUUCCACUGCUGGCCGAUGGCUCUGGGUCGCCCGAUGACCCUCAAGAGAGCUACGACGAGAGCGUAAUCUCCCCCGGUUAUGAGGAGAUUGAAGUGGAAGACGAUGCAGACUUCCAAUCUCACUACUCAUUAGAACACCAAUCGUUCUCGGAUUCUGAUUCAGAUGAAUCUUCUGAGAAUAUUGGUCGACAUCAUCCAUUCCGCCAGUCCUCCAGCUCUCUCCAUGGUCCGAAUGCAUUUGCGCCGCCAUUCUACAACCGUCCGCCGACCCCUCUACCACCUUCUCCGUCACUCACAUCCCUUCUCCGCCCGCCCUUCUCGACUACUACGUCGCGUCCGACUACUCCAGAUAGCUCGGAUGUGGAGACACCCAACGAUACCGAGGCGGCAGUCGCCAAGUCAGCGCGUCGCGCAACCACCGUGCCACGCGCCAGUCCCAAAGUGCCUACUUACGAGUACUAUGGCUUUGUGUUAUACUUGGCUUCUUCGUUAGCUUUCCUAUUCUACCUCCUUUGGUCUUAUCUUCCCUCUCCAUUUCUUCACCAACUCGGCAUUUACUAUUACCCCAACCGUUGGUGGUCGCUGGCGAUCCCCGCGUGGCUGGUAAUGCUUUUGAUCUAUAUCUACGUUGCCCUUGCCGCAUACAACACUGGCUAUCUCACUUUGCCUAUGAACAGCAUUGAGAACAUUGUUGAUGAGGUUGCAAAUGUAUCUGUCAUUGAUGGAAAGGCACGGCGGCGGCCUGGUGGUGCAUCCAAAAUGAAACCUGGUGCGACUUCAUAUCAGAUCAUGGGCCCUCAAAAUCGCAAAGUCAAUUGGCGCGAAAUUUGGAGUGAAGGAACGGAUGCGGUCAUGGACGUGCCAGUAGGGGGUGGAAGUUUUUGGGAACAGCUUGCAAUGUCGGAAAGGCCUUCAACUCCAACUCCACAGCCCGAGAGCUCUGCGGCUGGACAGCUUCCCCGCGGUCCGAUCACUCCAGAACAGAAGCGCAGAAUAGAAAUUAAUCGCAUGAAAGCGAAAGCUCUCCGUGAACAACGCGAGACCGAACUGGCGCGAGCUGCUCCUGCGCAAUCCGCUCAAGGCGCCAAACGCUCGUUCGCUACUAUGGCGGCAUCCAAUCGGCCUGCCAACGUGCGUGAUGCUCGCGUAAAUAAUGCUUCAGAUCGCCCAGAUUCGAUCAGACCAGCCCGCAAUUUCACAAGCUAUGUCGACUAUGACUUUAGCAAAAUGACUGAUACGAAGGGUGGAUUCUUGACCCAAGAAGAUGACCCCUUUAACAAGCAACUUCAUGUGAAAGAUGAUAAGGAUGAGCAGAGACCCGCAAAUAUGACGCAGAAGGAAUGGGAGCGCCAUCAAAUGCUGCAAACCUUGAAGCGAAAUCGCGAAGGCCCGUUCGAGCCUGGUCUAAGUGUGUUGGAUGACAAAAGCAAGCAAAAGACGUGCCGCGAAUGUGGUAGCCUUGAGAUUGACUGGAAAUGGGAGGAAGAGCUGAAGUGUUGCAUUUGCCAUUCCUGCAAAGAGAAACACCCCGAGAAGUACAGUUUGUUGACCAAGACCGAAGCCAAGGAAGAUUAUCUUCUCACAGAUCCUGAACUUAAAGAUGAAGAGCUACUUCCCCGUUUGGAGCGCCCUAACCCACACAAGUCUACAUGGAACAGCAUGAUGCUAUAUCUUCGGUACCAGGUAGAGGAGUAUGCAUUCUCAGAUAAGAAAUGGGGCUCAACGGAGGCACUAGAUGCCGAGUUUGAACGGCGGGAAAGUGACAAGAAGCGCCGCCGGGAAGCCAAAUUUAAAACCAAACUGCAGGACCUCAAGAAGCGCACACGCGUGGAGGCAUACCGACGUAAUCGGCAAGGUGCUGCUGGAGGUGAUUUCGGCGACGAUCUCGGCUCUGGAAGGAAGCAUGUUCAUCAAUGGGGUCGAGCAGUCGACAACCCAGAGACCGGGAUCGGGGUUAAAACAUGCGUAGACUGCGGGAUGGAGGUGGAAGAACUGGAGUUUUGA